AGGGGUGUUCUCAUAAUUAAAUGGCGACGUGCGAUCUGGAGCAUGGUGUGAAAUCGCUCAAGUGCGCUUCUUCCAGCGACAGCGAAGAUGACGACGACGACGAUGCGUCUAGCGACGAAGAUGCGUUGAAGAAUGUGUCGCUCGGGAUGUGGGACUUGGGUCAUUGCGAUCCCAAGCGGUGUUCCGGCCGGAAGUUGGCGCGGUUGAGAGUCGUUCGUUUGCUCAAGAUCGGGGAGAAGUUCCCGGGCGUCGUCUUGUCGCCGAAGGGCGAACGAAGUCCACCUGUAUUGUAUUGGGCACUGUUCAGGCGAAGACUAGUGAUUCAGAAAUCGGGCGCGAGUAAUCGUAUAUCCGCGGAUAAUCUUAAGAGUUUUACCUCAUAUCUCGGGUUCACCAAUAUGGUCAUUUCCCGAGCAGACAAAGACCUGAUAGAGAAAGCAGGCCUGGCCGUGGUUGAUUGUUCCUGGACGCGUUUGGAGGACGUCAAGUGGUCCAAAGUGGGCAAGGGGGCCCCUCGACUGCUUCCUUUUCUCAUUGCGGCGAAUCCCACUCAUUACGGAAGACCCUGCGAGUUGUCUUGCGCCGAGGCCCUGGCAGCUGGGCUUUACAUCAUCGGUUCGUUGAUCCGGAUUUAUUCACUAUUGAUGUCUCCGUUUCGUUUCGCGGAUUGUUUCGAACAACCUGGCGUUGGUCAAAUGACGGAACAGGACCAGCUUUCAUUGAAGAAGACGUUUGCCUUCAGUGUGUUUGCUCAUUAA